AUGGUGAACUCUACUCACGUUUCAUAUUUUAUAAUGAGUGCCUUCUUCCACACAGGGGUUUUUAAAUACUUGUUCUUCAUGAUUGUCAUGUGUUUAUAUGUGUGUAUUAUAGGUUCCAAUGUGUUGCUGAUUGUGGUUAUCUGUGUGAACAGGAGCUUACAUGAACCUAUGUACCUUUUUCUGUGCAGCCUGUUUGUAAAUGAACUGUGUGGUAGUACAGGGUUGUUUCCAUCCCUUCUGGUUCAGAUCCUCUCUGACAUUCACACUGUUUCUGCUCCGCUUUGCUUCCUGCAGGUUUUCUCUCUGUAUACAUAUGCAAAUGUACAGUUUUAUAAUUUAGCCAUCAUGUCUUAUGACAGAUAUCUUGCUAUCUGUCAUCCUCUGCAUUAUAACACACGUAUGACUUCUAACAAAGCUGCCAUGUUUAUUGCUCUAACCUGGUUUUUCCCCAUUCUUAAUGUAGUUAUCAUGAUAUCACUGAGUGCCUCUUUACAGCUGUGUGGGAACAUCAUUAACAAAGUGUACUGUGACAACUUCUCGGUUGUUAAACUGGCCUGCUCUGACACUACAGUCAAUAAUGUGUAUGGACUUGUUUACACGUGUACUGUUAUAGCUGCUCUCGUAAUUUUAACGUUUUACUCGUACAUGAGGAUCCUCAGAGUGUGUUUCUCUGGCUCCAAACAGACCAGACAGAAAGCUGUCAGCACCUGCACACCUCACCUUGUUUCCAUGCUUAACUUCUCCUUCGGGGCUUUUUUUGAAGUUUCACAGAGCAGGUUUGAUAUGAGCGGUGUUCCCAGCAUGUUGCGUAUUGUUUUAUCUGUGUACUUUAUCACCUUCCCACCGCUCUUCAACCCUUUAAUAUAUGGACUGAAUUUAACAAAAAUCCGCAUCAUAUGUAAGAGUCUUCUCUUUGUCUGCAACGCCUGUCGAUUGAUUCCUCGCUCCAGCCGCCAUCAGAGGUUGGUGCUGUUCGAGGGGUGCUACGUCUCGCCGGUGGAGGACCCAGAGCUCGACGUAGUGGAGAUGGAGGACCUCGAGCAGGGAGUGCUCUGCAUCUUCGCCAUCCCAGACCCCGGACGGGUCCGAGCGUCGGAGAGAGGGACGAUGAUGAGGACACCUCGUCGUCCGAGAUCUCAGGUGACCGCCAGGAAGGCCAUCAGCAGAGCGGGUCUGCACGACAGGACUUCUCGGCGGUGA